ACUUUCCACGAACAAAAACGCAACUGCCUCGAGGCUUAAGAAGAACCUCGUGCUGCGCUGGAAAUAGGGCUUGGGACUUGCGUGUACAGCAGAGCUUGCCCAAGGAGGGAAUCCUUGCCAGGCAUUUGGAACCAUCUGGCAGAGUCUGGCACUUAUCAAAAUCGAGCCAGUGAUUAUCGAGCACGGGCUGAAACAACGCGCUGCAACGGUGUUUGGUUGUCCGUUCAGCCGCCAUGCUCCCUAUCGCUAACUUGAAUCUCAAAGACCUCUACCAAUCAACCUUCGAAUUCUUUGCCUCGCGUAGUCCUUCCUUCUCUUUCAGUGCCUUCAGCGCUGAAGACUCUGUCUCUGAGAUAUCCUUUCCCUUGACGCCGAGAGACCCGACACCAAGAAACUUUUCCUCAGACGAGGAGUCUGCUUCAUUACGUGACAGGUUGGAUGCUGCCGAACACACCGACUAUUGUCACACUACGUCCACUUGCAAUCCCUCUUUCGGUGCAUCUGCUGCAGCUUCCACUCUUUAUUCAAUGCGCCGCGAACACGAUGCUACAAAAAACGAACUCUCCAGAACCCAAGCAGAAGUUGCUCGCUGGGAGGAGAGGUAUAAAACCCUCGAGAAGACCCUCAAAGAAACGAGGGAUCUCUUGAAGGUCAGAGACCAGGAGAUCCAGGUGCUUAAGAAGGAGCGUGAAAGGCACUCUCCUGAGCGUCAUCGCCCCUCCUCGCACAUCGAUCGUCGACGAAGCCGUGAUCUUGCGCAUCACCGAUCAGAUUCAUCUCAGUCACAGCAGAUUCGACUGAGCGCUGACUGGUCAGAGAUCCGUGACGAUACCUUAUCGCAGGCCAACGGCAACCAUCGCCGCAAUGGCAGCGACCCUCACCCAGAUAACAUGUCCACUGUGUCCGAGGAAGAGCGAGCCCAGUCUCGCAGCUUAGAGACUUUCCUGAACAAGAUUGAUUUGUGGUCUGGAGCGCAGGUCAUACAAGCCGUGCAAGACCUCAACUCUGAAAUCCUCCAAUUCGCCGCAUCUGCCACAGAGCUCUGCACGUUCUCGAAGCAGCGCCCUAACUCAGCCAAGGUUACUCAAGCUUCCUCCGAAGUUGCCACGAGGUUGGGUGCUGCCCUGAGUCGCUUAUUGGCAACUCGGGAUCACUCCCAAGACCCCAUGCUGGUUCAGCUAGCUCUCCAGGGUUGCAUCUCGUACUGCAUAUCCAGGGCACUAUCGUCGUUUUGCAUCGGUUACCAGUCCAAGGCCAACAUCACUUUGACCCAGAUUUAUACCCACAUGUUCCACUCAGAACCUCAGCCGACCUCAUCGCGAUGGAGAGCACUGACUCACAAACACAUCCAUGAGCUCCACCCCGAACUUAAUGAAUACGCAAUCAAUGAGAUGACGGAAACGAUCUUCCGCUGGUCGCUAGACAUAUUCCUCAUCUCUGGCAGCACUAAUCCGCAGCCCAAUCCGGCUUCGCGCGAGAACUUCCGUGCGCGCUUCGGGGCCCAAGUCAAACGUAUCUCGAAGGCCGCUUGCAGGCUAGCGCAGGUGACGAAGGAGGAGAUCAUGUCGGCGAACUUCGAGGUUAUUGCUGCGGAUAGUGGCCAGCCGUUUGACGGGCAGGAGAUGUUGGAUGCGUUUGAAGACUACAAAUCGUCGGACGGCGUCGUUCUGUGCACGACGGAACUAGGCCUCCGGUGCUCGACGAGAAAGGCUACGAGUGAUGCGCCAGCUUCAGACGAAAGCAUAGAUCGGCGUAUUCUGUUACGACCCAAGGUGGUUCUCGAGUCUAUUGUAGAAGUUAUUGACCCGCGGUGAUGUCUCUUGUCUUGAUAACAAUCUUCUGCUACAUCUAUGUACCCUGCAUAAUCCCCUCAUUCAUCCAUACCACGCACUGUUUUUGUAUUGUCUUUGUACUUAUACUUCAUGGACGGUUACUGCUACUACUAGAUCACCUGGAUAUUGUUUAUCCGUAUUUGAUCCUAAAGCUGCUGUCCAACAAGAGCAAACAACCGUCCGAUCACCU